CGCUGUCUUUGUGAGGCGCGUCGGCGGCGCGAUUUAGGUGCUGGUCCCAAGUGCUGCUUUUGUGCGGCUGCGGCGCGCGCGAGUGCUCUGCUUUCCGUUGCAGAGUUGCGCGGCGGUUCCCUGGUGUUGAUGCACGGCACAGGUCGAGCGAUAAUAGAGCAGUGCGGUUGUUAAGAGCCGUAAAUGCGAUGUCGCCCAGCAGGCAGCUCUGCCUGCAGCAAAAUGCUCUGGAGCUGCUAAGCGCCAACGCACCAGCAGAGACCUCUCACGAGCUCGUGACAACCACAAAAGAGUGUCAGAGGCUCUACAAGGGCCGCGAGUUCGCCCGCACGGCUGUGAGAACAUAGUGCCAAGGAGAGCGGCCCAGCCAACAGCCGCCCGCGCGCCGAAAACGCGUCUCAUCGUCGACGAGGGCGACGGCCGCAGCGUCUGGCGACAACUGCGCACGGUAACGCCGGGCGUGGCGCCUCUCCGGACGGUCGUCGCGAGGACGAGUCGCGCCGAUGGUCUUCUUCUUCUACGCCGGCGGCAACGGCGCCCAGGGCGCGCUCGUCUCCGUCGCCGUGAGCGCGGGCCUCAUGCUCUUACAAAGAGGCGCGCCCGAGCAUUUGGUACCGUUGCUCACGUGCGGCCUCGUCAUAGCGGCCGUCGCCGCACCAACCAUCCUCGAGUCCUUGAGGACCGCGGCGACGGCGCCGCCGCCGCGGCCACCACCUAGAGAUGAGAGAGCCUUCGCGCAAGCGGUCGAGCGCGUGCGCAAGAUGCGCACGGAAAUUUACAAAGAGCCGCGCCACCUGUCGGUCGCCGAGUUGAGACGGCGCCUCGGCUCGAAGGCCCGCGCGUGCCUCGAGCGCCGAGAUCUGGAAAAAGCGUUCGCGGACCGUUUUGAUUGCUGCGCGAUCUGCAGCGAGACCUGGGAGAGCGACGACGUCUACCGCGUCUUACCGAGGUGCGGCCACUGCUUCCACGUCGAGUGCAUCGACCGGUGGGCGUUGUUGAGCGCGGGCAGGGGCAAGCGGCCGACGUGCCCGCUCUGCAACGCCCAGCUGUGACUCCCCUUUCCCUCUGCUCGAUGGCGUGGACGUUCGCGAACUGUGUAAAACUGAA